AUGGCGCACACAGCUCCGACAGCAUCGGUGCUCCCACCCGCGCCAUGGAAGUCGCUAUUCAAACAGCAUGUCUCCAAGAUGAAAACCCCCCAAUUUGUUUUCAGCACGCUUGAUGUUGCUCCUCCAGGGGCCCCCGCUCCCUACGUACCUCGAGCCCGAUAUUGUAUCUUCCGCGGCUUCUGGACCGAGCUACUAGAGAAUCCCCACAGCAAAGCACCUAGAAAUCCAAAGGUCUACGAGAGUGACUUACCAAUGUUCACCACUGAUGUAAGAAUGGAAAAAGUAGGCCAGAUUUUCCGGACGGGCGCGGGUCAUGCGGACAAGAAAGAGCAGACGCAGGGGAGCGGUGGUGGAGGCCCAGUAGAAGCCGUGUGGUGGUGCGAGGAAAGUGGCACGCAGUGGAGAAUCAAAGGCAGAGCUUUCGUCGUUGCGAAAGAUGUUGAAGGCAACGAGGAGAGCAGCGGUGUACGCACGUUGAAAAGCGAAGUAGGAAAACGAAUGAGGAUAGUGGAUGAAUCCAGAGAAAAGGAAUGGAGUUGGGCAAGAGAGCUGACGGCGAUCUUUGAUGCUCAAUCUCCAGUGAUCCAAGGCUCUUUCAAAGCUCCUCCUCCAGGACAGCCGGUCCAAGCACCCUACGACUCCGAGAACCUCCAGCUGGGCGCAACCGUAUCUGACCCUGAGGAUCCCAUUGCCCGCCAGAACUUCCGCGUCGUCAUCAUUGUCCCAGAUUCGGUCGAGCAGAUCAACCUUAGCGACCCUGCCACUGCCAGACGGUACCGAUAUACGUUUGAUGAAAGCGGAGACACGCGUGCGAAUGCUGGCUGGAAGACGGAAGAGCUAUGGCCAUAG